AAACUUUGUUUUCAUUUGAAUCACAAGAAAAUCUGAUCACAUUUCCUUGGUUUUCUAACACAAACACGACAUCAGUUUGUCAAAACAGACUUUAGAUUUUAUUGUAACACAUGACAAUACAUUCGUGUUGCUAUGUUUCUUUGUCAUGAAACAGCAGGCGUUUGAGUUUUUGACAGAAAACAAUCAAACAAAACAAAAAGAAAAAAAAAAACUCAGCUUGUUUUAACCUGUCAUUCCCACGCAAAGUGACAAAGACACCAUGUGGGCUAUUUAAAAACGAACUUUUAUGAACCCAGUGUGAAUAAGACAGAAGGGUUACUGCUCAGCCUUAAGUGUCAAGUUAAUUUCCGAUUGGGCGGGUGGUGGACGUAUGUCAGACAUAUGCGCGCCGUGGGCGGGUGUUGGUGUGUUGGAAAAGAGGGGGAAAGCAGAAGGGAGUGCUGCGCUUCACCCUGUGAAUUCGCAGAGACUGUUGAUGGUUAGGAGGCAUGUAAGUGGCGUCCGCUUCAGCUCUCCAAAGCUGUGAGCUUUGGCUGGGAGUGACGCGGCGCACUCUGCCUUUCCAAACAGAAAAAAAAACCCCACCUGUAUGGACGAGCAUACUCCCAGCGCUGUCCAGUCGCCUUCUUCAGCCGAACACAACGGCAGGAUCGCGGUUGAGAAGGGGGGUUAUGGAGAGGUGCAGAGGGACGUCAUGACGGUGGAAAACAUGCUGGAGGAGUCGGCCGUGCUCUCGGCGCCUCACCUGGCUGUGGAUCGAUAUGAGCGCAGCCGCCAGGGAUGUUGCGAGAGGGUGGUCAUCAACAUCUCGGGUUUACGCUUCGAGACGCAACUCAAAACUUUCAACCAGUUUCCAAACACGCUGCUCGGGGACCCGAGGAAAAGGAUGCGCUACUUUGACCCACUCAGGAAUGAGUACUUCUUUGAUAGAAACAGACCCAGCUUUGAUGCUAUCUUGUAUUACUACCAGUCAGGCGGGCGCAUUCGAAGACCUGUUAACGUCCCCAUUGAUAUUUUCUCAGAGGAGAUUCGGUUUUACCAGCUUGGGGAGGAGGCCAUGGAGAAAUUCCGUGAGGAUGAAGGGUUUAUUAAGGAGGAGGAGCGCGUACUGCCCAAAAAUGAUUUCCAAAAGCAGGUUUGGCUUUUGUUUGAGUAUCCUGAAAGCUCUGGACCUGCAAGGGGAAUAGCCAUCGUUUCAGUGCUUGUGAUCCUAAUUUCAAUCGUUAUUUUUUGCAUGGAAACUCUGCCUGAAUUUCGGGAUGAAAAAGACAUAUCCACAGUGGCACCCACAGUGAAUGGCACUGCUCCAAAUGUGCCAAACCCCUUCACAGACCCAUUCUUUGUCAUAGAAACACUGUGUAUUAUAUGGUUCUCUUUUGAGUUACUGGUCAGGUUUUUCGCCUGCCCCAGCAAAACCACUUUCUCCAAAAACAUCAUGAAUAUCAUUGACAUUGUCGCCAUAAUUCCUUACUUUAUCACUCUGGGGACAGAGAUGGCCGAGAGCCAAACAAACGGCGGUCAGCAGGCGAUGUCCCUCGCAAUCCUGAGGGUGAUCAGACUGGUAAGAGUCUUUCGCAUUUUUAAGCUCUCGCGACACUCUAAGGGACUCCAGAUUUUGGGACAGACGCUCAAGGCCAGCAUGAGGGAGCUGGGCUUGCUCAUCUUUUUUCUCUUCAUCGGAGUCAUCCUCUUCUCCAGCGCUGUUUACUUUGCGGAAGCAGACGACCCCACGUCGAGCUUCACCAGCAUUCCAGACGCGUUCUGGUGGGCAGUUGUCACAAUGACCACAGUCGGAUACGGGGACAUGCAUCCGGUCACUAUUGGUGGCAAAAUAGUGGGGUCGCUUUGCGCAAUAGCGGGCGUGUUGACUAUUGCCUUACCCGUGCCAGUGAUUGUAUCGAAUUUCAACUACUUUUACCACAGGGAGACGGACGGAGAGGAGCACCAGCAGUACCUUAACAAGGGCAGCUGCGAGCACCUCCCCUCCGACGAGCAGAGAAAGUCGUGCAGCUCCUCUUCCCUCAGCAAAUCGGAGUACAUGGUUAUUGUAGAAGGCUUCAACAGUGCGUUCAAGCAGCCCAACUUUACAACAGAGACCAAUCAGAACUGCGUGAACAUAAAAAAGAUCUUCACAGACGUGUAAAAGGGCCCCGUAAUGGAUCAUUUAUGAAGCAUAAAGAAAUGUUAGAUCUAAUCUUGUAAAGUCGAUGUAUAGCCAGUCGUGAUGUGUCAGUCCAUAUCUGUGGCUGAACGCUCUAGAUGUCCGUUUUAACAAACCUUAAUGGGCCUAAGAGAUCUAACUGACUGUACAAUCUCUUUAUAAGCCGCUGGCAAAGUAACAAGUGUAUUGUUAAAACAGAUAUAUUUUAGUGUACAACGCCACACGAUGCCUACAUAUCUUGGUGUUAUAAUUGCAGUGUUGUCCGUGUUGGGAAACACGUGUAGCAUUUACUCCUGCCAGCCCAUAAAUCAAACAGCGUGUUGUGCUUCGUGGAAAGACCAGUUCCUUUGUCCAGAAAUGUUAAUAUAUUAUGGUAAUAUAUGUAGCCGAAUGUCUGUUUAGGUUAUAUCUAAUAUCAGAAGCUGUCCACGUGUUGGACUCUGCCGUCUUGUUUAGAGGUGGAGAGGGAAAAUGCUUAUCAUGAAUUAAAAGCUGUAUUUUCAUUCAGAAAUACUUAUAUAACCUAUAUUGAAUAAAAACAGAAAUUAAGAGAUCGUGGUUCUGCCUGUUAAUAGCACUUUAAAUCGCGCGUAAAAGAAGAUUGGGUUAAAAUAAAUAAAUAAGCACAGACUAAUGUUGUGUUUGUGGUCAUGUGCUCAGUGAUGACAUGCAGCGUGGAUGAAAGGAGGCAGAACGUUCAGCAAGUUCCACCUUGUGAUGCAGUCUCCAUGACGACGGUGGUUUCCUGGGCAACCCCCGUCUAAUGUUUUUAUGGUAUUAUGUGAGUUUCCCCAAAUAAUUUCCCAUUUUUGCCAUAGUAGGUGUAAAGCUGGGAUCUAUUUUAAGUGCAUUCUUGAGUCCUUUUCCUUGUUUAUCUAUUUUUGUAUUUUAAAUUCUUUUGGGAAAUUCAUCAUCAAUAAACUUACAUUAUUUUGUUUUUACUUCAUUGCACCAUUGAGGAAAAAAAUAUGUGGAUAGCGAUAUGUGCAAUUACAUGCUUAUAUGAUUGGUUUAGGGACAUUUAAAAAAAUUAAAAAAAAAUAAAAAAAACUGGCCAGAUAAUGGCAGACCAGUCCAUUGUCUGUGGUCACGCUUUUCCAAAUACAAUUGCUCUAGUCUCAUGAAAGAAGAAUCAUAAAUAUAUUUCCAUAAGUAAAGAAAAGCAUAAUUUAAACAAGUGGGAAAUUGUGACCAGAAUGUAAAUAGUGUAGGAAGUGGACCAGCAAUUUAAUUUUGUAACUCAAAAGUUAAUUAACUUCCUGUCAUGCUUAGAGAUAAGCUUUACUUUAGAAGUUUAGGAAACAGUUUAUAAUAUUUACUCCAAUAUUAGUUGCAUUGCAUUGAUCUCACAACAGUAAUGAUGAUGAUGAUGAUGAUGGUUAAUAUUAUUACCACACUACUACUUAACCCAAUAAUGUGCAAACUUCAUUAACUUUUUUGGCCAAAUUUCUCUUUUUUUCUUGUUUGCAAUAAGUAUAGGAUGUAAAAUCUCUGCUUGGGAAAUUAGAUAUGAAUUUGUUCAAAAUGGUUCCCUGUUAAACAAAAGGAUAUUUUAAGAAGAUUAAAGGUCUGUCUGUUAUUAAUCCAUUUAUUGCUCAUAUUUAGGAUAAAUAAUUCUGUGGCAUGUAUGGGAAUAGGAAAAGAGGAUCAACCCUCUUUUUCUUCAUUUCUGCUCCUCAGAUCUCUGAGUUGGCAUGCCAACUUGAUUUGACGUCACCCACCUUUUCAUCUACAUCAGAAGACAUACAGGCACAGGCUUUAAAACUGAGAGCUGAACACAAACAAACAGUACAACUUAAAGCCGUCUGAAAAGUAACGAUUUCUCUAUAUGUUCUGUCAUGAGUCAUAAUGGCUUGUGGUGUGCAUGGAAACUUUAUAUUUCAUAGAUGCUUGAGCUACAGUUGAAUGUUCUGUUGCAGAUUUAUCUUUUGUUUCAGUACUUAAAGGGGGAACAAAUAUUUUGUCUUUACUAAAAUGAGAGAACUAGUGUAUUUUUUUUAUUUCAGAUAUACUGUAUGUGCCUUACUGAAAUAAAUCAGGUGUAUUAUCAGGUGUAAGGCGUCUAAAAACCUAAUCUGUUGGUAAGGACAGAUCCUCUUAAUUUUUUAUUUAUUUUUUUACUGGAGUAAGUCUUGUUUGUAACACCAUAGGAUUAAUCAUACUUAAUUUUAAGCUCUGUGCAUUUACAGUUCUGAAUAAUAGCUCACUUCUGCCCUCUGGUGGAUCAAAGAAAGUAUUACUAUUAGGAGGGAGAAAACACCAUUCGGAGAUGGCAAUACAGGUUAGCUUUUCUUAUAGAUACCAUUUUGAAUUUAUGAAAGUUGGGAAGUGUGACUAAUAGAUAAAUUAAUUUUUAAUUGAGAUAAUAAUACUGUGUUUUCCUUACUGGAAAGCAGCUGCACCUGUCUUAACUGGACUUUACAAGAAAAUCAACAAAUUGCAACCAAAUCUCUAAUAAUAAGAUCAUAUUAAAGUAUUACUAAUUUAUCCAGUUCAUGAUGUAAUUUACAUACAGUUGAGACAAGAGGGAUAUCUAUCAAUUAAAUGUUUACAGUACAUGCACACAACUAAGAGCAAAAAGAAAACAAAAAAUGUUAGGUCAGCAGUUUACAUGGUGAUUUUCUUUUCUCAUGCUAUAUGCAGGAACAAUUCAUGUGUCAAUAACUGAAGUAGACCUGGAAAGCACCGAAAAUCUUCCUUGAGGGUUUUAGUUUGACCCAUUAUUUUUCUUUCCCUUGAGAAAAAGGGAGUUACAGUGUGUGAGCCAGAGUGCAUGGUAAAAACUCAUUCUUACACUUUGCAUUACUUUGAGAAAGCACAGAAGUGCUAAUGAAGGUGACUUUGCAUAAUCCAGGGUUGAAAAAUUAAGUUUGAAAAUUCAUGUCACCUCCAUAAUGAUAAAGAGGUACUUGGGCAAAUAAGCAACAAACUAUAAAUAUCUGGCUUGUUUUAAUGAUGGUUUGAAUUCUCUACUCGACUAAAACAUGGUAAAUAGAGCACUGUGAGAGAGUAGUUAGUUUUACAAUAUUUUAAACAUGUACUAUCAUUGCACAUGAUGAUGACCAUAUUAAGCAGUUUUUACACUUCACUGAUUUGAUAGUAUAUAUUUUUCCUUUUUUUCUAUUGUUUUUGUUUGUUUUUUGCAGAGCUGAAAGGAUCUCCCUACUCCAAACCACAUUACAUUUGUCCCACAGCUGCAGAUGCUCUACAUCAGAACUGCUGAAUUGCUGAAUUGCUCUUUCUGUCUACCUUUCUGGAGUUCAACUCCUUCUUCAAUGUAUUUUUAACAGCAAAAAUGGAAAAGGGUCAGCUAACUCAUUAGUCAUCUUCUGCAUUGCUCAACAGUAGUGCUGGCGAGGGACAGGAAGUUUGACCAUCUUACUCUGUUGGGGUUUGUGGAGAAGCAAAAAUUUCAUUAGCAGUAAACUUGUUACGCUUAAUAUGCCGGGAUAUAAUGGGCCUAUCAUUUUAGAUUAAUGCUGUUUUGCUCUCAGUUGUUAUGGUAGCUGUUAUUUUAUUUUGUGCAAUGAUGCUCAUCAUGUUCAUUAGGUAAGUACAGCAAGCUAAACUGAGACAAUGUUAAUUGUAUAAGAGAAAUAUUAAAUAUUUUGUGAUUUAUUUAUAUAUAAAUAAUAUAUAAUCUGUAUAUAUAUAUAGUCCAUAAGAGAGAGAGAGAGAGA